AUGACUUCAGCUACGAUGCAUUUACUUAUACUCACAAUAGCACUGUUCAUUUUUUCAUCAAAUACUUCAAUAGCCGAACAACGUUUUCCGACAUUAUGGUUUGAAGCACCUUCGUCGAUUGCUGGUUAUCCUUUAAGUGGCAAUUGUUCGUCAUCACAAACAAUAAAUAAUUCUGACUGUCGAAUAAUUGAUCCUUGGUUGUAUUUAGAUAGACUUGGUUUGUACAAGAUUUUGAUUAAUGCAACAACACCUUAUAUGGACAGAUUUUGUUCCGUACAACCAUUACAAGAAUGCAAUAUUCUCUUUGGUCUCGCUGCAAAUUUUGGUUGGCAAUUUGAUUCAAAUCGAUUAUUUUCAAAUGGAACAAAGAAUAUUUCAGUUAAUAGUUGGUGGGCAUCGUUUAACUAUUAUUUAUCAGUUAUUCCUUUUCUUGCUGCUGUCGAUACAGGAGUUAUUCGUUCUGGUGCAUUUCAAAUUGUUCAACGUGAUAUUUUUUGUUCAAAUUCUGAUGAAUGUUUAAAGCAAAUACCGAGUGCUAUGAUUCAUUGGCGCAACUACUUUCUCAAUCUUUUACAAUCGAGAAGCUGCUCUGGUGUCACAGCAAAAGAUGGUGGGCUGAUUGAUGAGUGUUAUUUAGGCCCAAUGUGGUUAGCACAUAAUGCUUCUGUUGCAAAUGCUCUUCCAAUCAUUAAAACAAAAUUAUCUUUAUUACCAUCAUAUAAUGAGCAACAUUUUAGUUUAGCUUGGAGUAAUGUCCUUUAUUACAUUGCUAUUGCACGAAAAAAUUCAAAUUUAAUAGAGACGAAUAUUUAUCAAGAUAAAUAUCUUCCUGGACGAAUGUUAACCGAUAAAGAUAAUCCACCAUAUUGUCCAGAUCUAUCUAAAUCAGUUAAUCUAGCUUUGGAACUUUUGCAUGACAUUCCACUAGAAUUCUAUUCUGAAUUCAUGGAUUAUUGGUACGGGGCAUCAACUUGUUAUGAAUCAGGAAUAUAUGCACAAAUAGCCUUAGAAAUAGCACCACUGUCCAGAACCUUAGCAGCGGCAUAUUAUGAAAUUGCUCAGCUUACAGUACUUGUAUGCUGA